AUGGUCAAACCUGAUGAUGAUGUGGAAGAGUUUAGUGCCACGGAACUGCUGAUCCUAAAGAUUGUCCAGAAAGCUGUCUUCGGAAAAGAGAUCCAGAGUCUGACUAGUGGUAAAGCAGUACCUAAUGACAGUCCAUUGUCUUCACUCUACCCAUAUAUUGAUGAAGAAGGAGUACUUAGAGUAGGCGGACGGCUAAAGAACGCUAACCUUGGAAGAAACAUGGAACAUCCAGUCAUUGUUUCUAAGAGCUCACAUGUUGCAGUAUUGCUGGUUAGGCAUUACCAUGAAAAGGUACAUCAUCAGGGGCGGCACAUUACAGCAGGAGCAUUGCGCACUGCGGGGUUUUGGAUCAAAGGUGCUAGAAAAUUGGUAUCUUCCAUUUUACACCAGUGUGUUACCUGCAGGAAACUCAGAGGACAGUUACAGACACAAAUCAUGGCCAAUCUUCCUUCUUGUCGCCUACAACCAGUUCCACCAUUUACCUACGUUGGAGUUGACACGUUCGGACAUUUGAAUGUUGUCAGUAGAAGAACACGUGGUGGAAGUGCAAAUAGUAAAAGAUGGGCAAUCAUGUUCACAUGUCUCACCGUCCGGGCAGUGCACAUCGAAGUUGUGGAACAGAUGUCAACGUCCGCCUUCAUAAAUGCAUCGCGCAGAUUUGUUUCCAUUAGAGGCAAAGUACUGGAGUAUAGGUCAGACAGAGGAACCAAUUUUGUUGGAUCUACAUCUUCAAACACAGUUGCUGUAAACGUUGAGGAUCCAGCCGUUCAGAAGUUCCUCCUGAGCGAAGGAAGCACAUGGAUUUUUAACCCACCUCAUUCGUCACAUUUCGGAGGCGUUUGGGAACGCAUGAUAGGUGUGGCCAGAAAGAUCAUAGAUGCUUUACUACUGGAGAAUUCUGCAAAGGAGCUAACCCACGAAGUUCUGGUCACCUUUAUGGCAGAAGUUUCCAUGAUCAUCAAUUCUCGCCCAAUAGCACCUGUAUCGUCAGACCCAGAGAAUGCAAUGAUUCUCUCGCCGAAUGUAUUGCUCACACAGAAAGAGGGAGAUGAAGUACCACCUCUUCGAGACUUGGACCUGAACAUUCGAGACAUGUUCAAAUCCAAUUGGAAACACGUGCAGGUCUUAGCGGACAGAUUUUGGAAAAGAUGGAAAGAUGAGUACUUACAGAAUCUGCAAUCCAGAAGAAAGUGGAAGACUGAGAAGGAGAAUUUACGAGAAGGAGAUGUUGUCAUGCUAAGAGACAAAGAUAUGAACAGAUGUGCUUGGCCAUUAGGGUUGGUGGAAGAAGCAAUCCAAAGCGAAGAUGGAAACGUUCGAAAGGUGAAAGUUAGAGUCAUCCGGCAAGGACGCCCAGUGGAGUAUUUUCGACCAGUCACAGAAGUGGUCCUUCUCUACGCUCCGACUAAUGAGUAGUGACUAGUCUAGUCAGGCGGGGAGUGUGCUGUCACGCUUUCCGGAUAUCUUGUUUCCGCCAAGACCGGUCUUGUUAUAUACGUCUGGGAUUCAGCAUGGCCGGAGCUGGUGCAAAUGUGGGUUGUGUUAACCCUUGUUGUUUUUUUGAUGUUUUGAUACCUGUGAGGUGCCACAGCGAUUCAUUUACCUCUUGUGAAGCCAUUAUCAGAAUAAAGUCUUCAACACUACACAUGGUUUCGAGGUCAUUAAUCCGCAGUUGCACCAGUCUGGGACU